AUGGCAGAAGCUCGUAUCCCUGUGAGCAUUAACCACCUCUCCUGUCAGAUCUGCAGCAAGCUUCUCCGGGAUCCUGUCACUAUUCCCUGUGGGCACAACUUCUGCCGGCACUGCAUCAGUGAUUGCUGGGAUCGGGGUGAGAGGAAAUGCAUCUGUCCCCAAUGCAGGAGGGAGUUUACACCGAGACCUCAUUUGAUCAUGAACUCAACUCUUGCUCAAAUGGUGAGAGACACCGGGAGGAGUGAGAAAAGGAAGGAGAAGUCUUCAGCAGGGUCCCCGGAGGCAUCAAAGAAACCCCGGAGCUGCACAGAAACAUCUGGGAGCAAUUGGUGCACGCGUCACCAGAGACCACUGAAUGGGUACUGCUGCACGGACCACCGGGUCAUAUGUUCCCUGUGUGCUUCAGCUGAACAUGGAGGACACACAAUUGCACGGCUGGAGGAAGCAAGGAGGAAAAAGCAGGGGGAUCUGAGGACCACUCAGAAACAACUCCAGCAGAUUCUGCAGGAGCAAGAGGAGAAAUGGGAGAACCUGGGGAAGAUGGCUGAGCAGGUUCAGGAGGAGGCCCGACAGGCGGAGGACUACUGUGAAAGCGCCAUAGUCAGGGUCAUCGACUGCCUCCAGAAACAUUACCUGUCGGUGAGGGAGUUGAUCAGAGCUCAAGAGGAGGCAGCAGCAGCUCAGGUUCACAUCUCGCUGCAGAACCUUGAGAUGAAGAUGGAAGAGAUUAAGAAGACCGAUGCUGAGCUGGAUUCUUUGGCACAGACUGAAAGCAGUGUGCAUUUCCUGGAGGACUGGCCACAUGUGCGACGUCAGUGUGAAAAACAUCAUCUCCAGCCUUCCCAUGAGCUCUCAGAAGAUCAAAUUCGCCCGUUUGAGGCAACAAAGACUAUUGUUGAACAGCUUGGGAAGCAACUGGAGGAAUUCUGCGACAAAGAAUUGGCCUCAAUCUCUCACACAGGUCUCUCUGGAGCUCACAGGAUUCUGAACGAAAAGGAAGUGGAGCCUAAAAUCAGAGAAGACUUUCUCCGAUAUGCAUGUGAGCUUUCUCUGGACCCGACAACAGCUCAUAAGGACCUAACUAUAUCUGAAGGAGACAAAAAGGUUAUGUUUAGCCCACAUACAAAUAAAACUCCAGCCUUUCGUCACCCAGAGAGCUUCACCACCCGGCUGCAGGUGCUCUGCAGGGAGGGCCUGCAAGCCGAGCGGUGCUACUAUGAAGUAGAAAUACAAGGAGAGAAGGUGGAAAUUGCCCUCGCCUAUAAAGGCCUAAACAGGAAAUCCCGCACCCAACUGUCAGCAUUUGGGGGCAAUGCAAACUCUUGGAGUCUGGAUCGCUCUAAAACGUAUUCUGUGAGCCACCGGGGUGACAGUGUCCAGCUCACGACUCCUCCUUCUCAAAGCAGGGUUGGAGUUUAUCUUAAGUUCAAAGAGGGGACCCUGUCUUACUAUGAAGUGACGGACAGUAUGAAAUUUCUCUACAAGGUGGAAGCGACAUUCACAGAGCCGCUGCAUCCAGGCUUCUGGCUUGGAGAAAAUAGUUGCAUCAGGAUCUGUGAUCUGAGACAAGACGCACUGUGAACAACAGAGGACUGGAAACAGCUUCUCUGUUCUGAGAGAUUCAUGCAUUAUGCAGAGCAGCAGCUUAUCUAUUCUAUUUUUAUACAAAAGAAAAUUACAUAAUAACGCCAUAAUAACUAGGUCUAUGUUCUAUAGAGGAUAUAUUUUAACCCUCUUACAACUGUUUUCCCAGGGCAUCCAGAGCCCAUGUGGCUACCGGUAUGUUGUUCACGGUUUUCUGAGGAACUUCAAAGGUCACACACAUUAACCAGCUGUUUCCAGCCUUUUCUUUAAUUUAAAGAUUUCCUCCCUGCAACUAUUCACAAUAUUAUCGUAUAAGCUGGUGGUGCUAUUUUUUGUAAUUUGGCAUUAAGAAAUGAUUAUUGUUAUUAGCAGUAGUAGUUAUUUUGAACCCACUGACGAGUCUCUGAAGGUAGUGACCCACGAACCAGCAUUGAACACUUUUAUUUGUUUAUUUAGUAAGCAUUUUCAUAGCAUAAAAUUGUAAAUUUGUUUUUAUUUAUUGCAAUGACAUGUAGUAGCAAAGGGCAAGAUUUUUGGUUCUUGUUUCCAUGUAAACAAGGAGCAUAAAUACCUUAUUAUUUUAGCAGGUUAUCUAGGUAUAAGCACCAUAUCUAAAUGUGAUAUACACUGGCCAAAAUAAGUUCUCAAAGGCAUUGGCAAUCAUUCAAACUGUUGGGGAGUUGUAUGUGCAUGACCUAAAUGCAAACUUGGAGGCAGGAGUAAACAAAAAAAACCUAUAUACAAAAUGCACUGCCAUGGCAGGAUAUACUGAAGAAUUAAAAAUGCGCACAGAGAGGAGUAUGACGAGGAGCAUGGCAAACAAAAUGACAAAUGAGAAUAUAUUUUCUUUAUAUACUCACAAAUCUUUAAAUGACAAUCAGUGAAGACAACAGGGAGAAGAAAUGGCAGAGAGGAGACUGAUUAAACACAGGACAGGCCUGACAAAGAACAAAAAGAAAAUAUAUUUGCAAAAAUCAUUGCAAAAGCCAGACAGAGCCCUGAACCCCACAACCCCUGAAAACCCAACAGUGAAACAAAACACAGAACAGAGUUCACAAAGAAAAUGUCCACAGGGAAAUAAAACCUCAGAUCAGACACAAAUAAGAUGAUUAGGAGGAUGGAUAUGAUGAGUGUGAUUGUUAAUCCAUAUAAAAUUAAUCUCCUCUUAAAAUAAAAAGGCCCACUGAAUAGAAAGUCUGGGCUCAAAUAUUUUUAUUCAGAUUUCAACUGGUGACUCACUAAGACCAAAAAAGUGGACCACGUCAGUCCAGCUCAGGUCUUUACACUGGCUGUUUGUCCAUCAGAGGAUAGACUUUAAAGUUCUGAUGUUGGUCUAAUACACCGGUAACCACCUGACCCAGUAUGAACCUUCCAGACCCCUCAGGUCUUCUGGAUCCGGUUUUUUAUCAGUUCCUAGAGUCGGAACCGACAUGGAGAAGCUGCAUUCAGCUUCUGUGCUCCACACGUCGGGAACAAACUCCCAGAAAGCCUCAGAUCAGCUGAAUCACUCAGUAUAUUUACGUCCAGGUGGAAAACACCUGUUUUCAGCUGAAUUUGAAUAAAGCGCUUACACACUUAACCUACACUGGUACUUUUAAGCUUGAGUUUCAAAAGUUGAUCAUUGUUUAGCCACUGAUUUUAUCUGAUUGUAUCUAUUUUCCUUAUUUCUUUUUUGUUUAAAUUUUAAAUCAUGCUUUUUAUUUCUACUAUGUGAUGUUAAAAUGUCCUCUGUAAAGCACUUUGCACCUUGUUGAUUUGUGCUAUACAUACAGUCAUAAACCACCAACGGCUCCCCGGUGUUGAACCAGAAAGGUCUAGAAGUAAUACAACUGCUUGUUCAAUCUUUAUUUUUAGUAUUUCAUGUUAUUAUAAUUUUUGUGAGUUUAUGAUUUUUACAAUAACUGCCAGCAUCAUACAAUCAUACCACUGAGGAGAGGGGAAAAGAGAAAGUAAAAGGACAUUUCUAAACGUGUCUUUUGUACAUACAGUGAUUGCAAUGUGUGCUAAGUAAGGCCUUGCACACACCCAUAUGACUCUAUACACACAGCACUCCAAAAAGUCACAAUACUGUACAUCCCUUAAGAUAUAAAGAGUGGUUCCCAAUGAUUACCUAGGAAGGGACAGUCAAGUGUGAAGAUUUGGGUCCAGCCACAGUUCUUCUUAUGCAGUAUUAAAUACCACAAUAUUGCUUUUACACAUAACUUAAUAUUUUUUGCUAUUAUUGAGACAACAAAACAAAAGCUAACUUUCCUGCAGUCUUGUGAAAAAAGUGCAUGAAUCACAUUCAUUUUCAGUUUUUUUUCUUGUUACAUUUACUGCUAAAACUGUUACUUAUUAAGACAUUGAUAUACUUCACAUUGAAUAAAACGUAUCUUCAAAAUUGUUUGGUUACAUGAGAUUAUUUACAGACAUGAACAAAACAGAUAUCUCUAAAGACAGACUCAGCAGCAAGUACAAAGAAAACAACACAAGAAAAAAAUACUUAAAGUUUACUGCCACACGCUUUGAGACAUUUAAACCUGAAAACAUUUUAAAAUGGAUAAAUUAUACAGACAAUGUGCUACUCUGAGAUAUACCACUAAGAUACCAAAAAUAUAAAGUUUGACCUGAAGAGUGGCCAUCUGACAGUGUCCAUACAGUAUACAGUAAAUAAAAACCCUACACAAAGAUUUUCUGAGGUUAACGAGAGUUCAUUAAUGUACAUGUGUGCAGCAUCUUUCUGAUAAAGUUGUGCAGUUCAGGGAAACUUGGCAUCGUAGAAUCAGACCAAUCAGGCAGACUUCUUUGUAAAAAGCGACCAGUUAGCAGUAUUUCAUCACCUUUGUAGGAGUAUUAAAGGUAUGGUAAGGGAUCUCUGAAUGACUUGACACCUGAACCAUCCACCUCCCGUCUAGUUGAAAAUCUUCACUCUUCAAAGAUUUUGCAGCUCUUCAUCGAAAGUAGCUUGUCUCACUGUUAUGGUGCACUUCAGUAAAAUUUCUAUCUGUCUCUGAUUUAUGUUCCUGGAAACUAGUUGUUCAGUAAUGGAUAUAUUGCUUAUUAUCUCAGUGUAUCUCAGUCAAAAGAUCCCAGAUGCCACUGACAUUAACUCUACCAUCCAGCAAAAGCUUCAAAUCUCACAACAAGAACAAGCUAGACAAACAGCAGAGCAGGUCUUAAAAUACUAUUUCAGUUAGCGACACACAAGUAUUGAUAACUUGUAAAACAUAAAACUUUGUUACUCAUUACAUCUACAAUACUGCAAAUAUACAGAAAUAAAAAUAUAGUCAGUUGACACCUUAUAACAAUUGCUUUAAAUACAGUGAUAAAAAAAUAAAUUAAUAAAUGUAUUGAUAUCCGUGUAACAGUAAUUAAAUAUGCUCUUUUUUUUAACCUGCAACUCUUCACUGUCACUGUGUAGAAAAUGUUAGCGCCAAGACAUCCUUCUCACCUGUACCCCACAACACUUCACGAUGUUUGGUAUUCUGCAGAUAUACAGAGAGCGGCAUGUUUGUGAACAUGCAUGUUUCAGUCAGUGCACGUGAGGAGUCUAAGGCUUUCAGGAGUGCAAACUUUCAAGUCAGCUGACGAGUUGACAUAAUUUGGAUUCCUUCUCUGAAGGUUUGAAAAUCUUUUGGUCCAUCAAAGUUCAUGCUGUUUUGGUCAUAGUGAACAUAGUUUGUGCAUUUUCUUUGUUUUGUGCUCUAAUAAAGAUAUUUGAUUAAGGAUAUAUUUUACUGUACAGGACAGAUUUGACGAGUGUCGCUAAUCUCACCUUCCUGUGUGUCUCGUUUUAAAUAAUACAACAAUCAAGGUCCACAAUCAUCUCUUUUGUGCUUUUGUAGCAUUGAAUAAGAAAACUGGAUGUUUGCUUCAAAUCCUUGUGAAUAAACUGUGCUUCCUGUUACUAAAACAUAUGACCACAUGUGACUCCUUCUGUUAAGUUUCAAACAGGCUCCUUGCCGCUGCUCAUCCAGAGCUCACCCACCCCACCCAUGGACUGUUCUCUCUGUUGUCCCGUAGCAUCCGCUCCACAACAACCAGAUUCACUAAGUUACUGCCCCCUAACCAUCAACCUGCUAAAUGCCAAAUAACCCCAACCUGCUGCCACUUUGUUUCUGCUCAUUCUGUUUAUUCUGUACAUAAGAUACAUUUAAGUGCAAUAUUUUUCUGACCCCUGUAAAUAAGACUAUAUUAAUUCUACCACCGCUCUACCACCAGAUAAUUGCAAUAAUCCACACAGCCACUGCUACUACGAUAUCUCUGCUUUAUACUGUGUAUCCUUUUAGUUGUAGUUUUACUGUUGAUGUAUAUGGAAGCUGAGCAACAACAUUUGGUUGCAUAAGAAAUAGCUGAUGUUUUUAGUU